GGACUCUGUAGUGAGCUUUGAUCUCUCUCAUGUGGACUUAGUAUCCACCUUUUAGCGAUGAACUGUCUGCAUUUGAAUCAAACACUAAUUACAUUCAACGAAAAAGCUUUAAAAACACAGAAAACAUGUGAAUUGUAAUUUACCUUAUCCUCAUCAUCGUUUCUGAAGAUACUGUAGAAGGAGCUCAGCAUAUGGAUGCUAAUAUAAAGUUGUUGGUAGAUCUCGACUCCGUAAAAUCAGAAUUGAAAAUUGAAAGAAGUUUGAGAAACAACUUAGACAGAAGAGUUGAAGAACUCACCUCUGAGUUAGAUGAAAAGCAUUUGUUGUUGAAGAACUUUGAUUUGCAGAAAUCUCAAGUGGAACUUUUGGAGAAGAUGGCAGCUGAGCUGGAAUCUGCAAAGUCUUCUCAACGUUUGGAGUAUGUUAGAAAUGCUCAUCGAGAGUCUUCUUUUAUAGAAGAACUGUUUCAAUGUCUAAUGGCUGCAGAUGUUCAGCUUAUUUUUACAAAGAUCGAGUCUGAGAUCUGUAUCAAUGACAUUGGAGAACAACUUAGUUGCUGCUCUAAUAGCCACCUUGACUUUAAGAAGAAGUACACUGAUGUGGAAUCUUUCCUUAACCAUUGUCUAGUCAACGAAACGCGGUAUAUGGACGAAAACAAUCAGUUAUUGAUUAGUCUUGAAGUCUUAAAGUCUGAACUAGAGUCUUCCAUGGCUAAAACUAGUGCUUUUGCUGAUAGAAAUGAUGAAAUGUCAGUUGAACUCGAAGAGAACGCAACUAGGGAUGAGAAUGCAGAAAGAAGUUACUCUGAGAGAAGCUUAUGUGCUCCUGAGGACAAUGCUGAAGCUGAAUGCAAUCGUGCCCGUGAAAAGGCCGACUAUAAAGCCCCGCUAACUCCACAGCAGGAGUCGUUGAGAAUCAUUUUCAUCAAAGAACAAUAUGAAACCAAGCUGCAGGAACUUCAAUAUCAACUGACCAUGUCCAAGAAGCAUGGCGACUUGGUGAACCGUGAGCAAAGGGAAGUUGCUUGUUUUGAUCCUACAGUGCGGAUCAUCAGUCCCUGGUCAAAAAUUCAGGGAGCUAUUCAAUCGAGCAGUGUAAAUGGAAACAGAGACCAAUUACCUUCCGGAGAAGCAAGGGCGCUGGACAAAAGUGAAGAAAGCCUAGCUUUGAUCAAUGAUAAUUUCAGGGCAGAGACUUUAAGGUCUAGCAUGGAUCACCUAAACAAUGAGGCAAAGGAAGAACUUCAAAGUAUCUUCCCUCUAUCUCAAGAGAACUUCAGCUUCGGAAACGCAUUGGAAAGGUUUCUUGCACUGGAAAUAGAAUUUGCUGAAGCAUUGCGUGGAAAGAAAAAAGCAACCAUCCAUUUCCAGAGCUCUUACUUGAAGCAACAAACUGAUGAUGAAGCAAUCUUCCAGAAUUUUAAGAGACAGAAACAAUCUAAUUGAAGAAAUGCUGGAGACCAAAGCCCGAUAAUCGUCUCUGGAGACAGAGCUUAGGGGAAUGCAUGACCGUUAUUCUCAGCUAAGCCUCAAGUUUGCAGAGGUUUGUAGUGAUGUAUAUUCAAUGAAAGAAAAGCUUAGUUGAGGAUAAGAACAAAAAUAUAGUGGCAUUUUUUCU